GGAAAGUGAGUUUUGAAGGCUGCCGACGGAAAACUCCAGCGAGUGUAUCAAUAAUAAACAAUAUUUACGCUUUCGGGCCUGCCCAGUCUCUGAGCUUAGAGGAUGUCCGGACAGAAGCGCCCAGGUGACCCCUGUAGCUCCUCCUCCGGGGCACCCCCAGAGAAACGGAGGGAGCGAGAGGCGGAGGACGGGGGCGAGGGGGCAGGAGCCGGAACUGGGGGGGGCAGCACCGCCGUGGAGACGGUCAUCAAGCUGGGAGGGGUGUCCAAUUUGGAGGAACAGGAUGUGAAGGCUCUUCUGAUGAAGAACAGGAAACUGGGAGAGUCCCUGGACCAGAGACAGGUAAUUGAGGAUGAGCUGAGGGAGAGAGCUGAAAAACUGGAGACGCGGCAGGCCACCGAUGAUGCCAGUCUUCUGAUUCUGAACCGAUACUGGAACCAGUUUGAUGAGAAUGUACGUCUGAUUGGCCGACGGUAUGACCAAUCAGGAGCGGAGCCUGCAGACCCCUUGUUCGGGGAGGGGCGGGGCCUGAAGCCAGAGGCUCCGGAGCCUGAUGGAGACUCAAACCAAGAGAGAGUUAAAGACCGAGGUCACCAGGGAGAGACAGCCUCAUCUUUCCUCGCCACGCUUGCGAGCAGCAGCAGCGAGGAAAUGGAGGCGGAGCUGCAGGAAAGGGUGGAGGCAAGCCGACAGCUGACCAAUCGCGUGGUGGACAUCUACCUUAGCCUGAAAGAAGUGGUUACCUCGCUGGAGAAGGAGCUGGAUUCCGGGGCAGAGAACAGUGUGUGGCAGGUGGCAUCUAAGCUGAACACCCUCCUGUCCAAUGAAAAUGAACGAUUAACUCAGCUGACCGACCAGCUUCAGCAGAGGCAUAGUCACAUGACCAGUGAGUCUCGCUCUCUGAGUCGGGCCGUGGCACGGGCAGACAGCCGGGUGAGCGAGUUGCAGGCUCUGAUCGAGGAGCUGCAGUGGGACAUGGAGAAGAUCCGCCGCAGGGAGAACAGGCUCAACACCCACCUGGGAGACGUGCUGGAGAGGGUGAACAGUAAAGGAUACAAGGUGUGUGGGGAAGCCAGCAGCGUGUGCGGCAGCAUCACCAUCAACAAGAGGAAGUUUGAGGAGAUGAACAGCGAGCUGGAGGAGAACAGAGAGCUGGCGGAAAAUAGACUCAGUGAAUUGCAGAAGCUGCAGCAGGACCUGCAGGCUGUGAACCAAGAGAACAGCAACAUGAGGGUGGAGCUGCUGUGCCAUGCGGAGGGCAUGGUGAGGGACAGCUCGGAGUACCGCUGUCUCCAGUCCCAGUUCUCUGUUCUCUACAAUGAGUCCCUGGUCCUGAAGGCCCAGCUUGACGAGACCCGAGCCCGGCUCAACACCACCAGAACAGCCCGACUUCGACAGCUCGACCACAUGGAGAAUGACGAGGUCUCUCUCCAAAGGAAGGUGCGUACGGAGGUGAUCCAGCUGGAGGACACCUUGGCUCAGGUGCGAAAGGAGUACGAGAUGCUGAGGAUUGAGUUUGAGCAGACCCUCGCCGCCAACGAGCAAGCAGGCCCUAUCAACAGGGAGAUGCGUCACCUGAUCAGCACGCUGCAGACGCACAACCAGCAGAUGAAGGGCGAGGUGAUGAAGUACAAGCUGAGGCUGAGGGAAGCACAGGCCGAGCUGAGUCAGGUCCGAGCAAUGAAGGGCAACUCUGUACUCCAAUCACAAUCCAGCACAGAAAUGGACGUCAAGGAGGAAACUGCCUCACCCCUCACCACGGCCCCUUCCUGUGAGAGCGUUGUCAAGACAGAAUCUGACAAUGGCUCGGCUACGCCCACCAGCACAGGGGUGUCAGUGAAGACGGAGCCAGGGACGGAGAUGGAGGGAGCAGGGAAGGAGGAGGAGAAAGAGAAGGAGAGGGAGAGAGAGAAGGAGCGCGAAAGAGAGCGGGAGCGUGAGAGGGAGCGAGAGAGGGCCGCCCGUGGAGCAGGGGGCGGUGCAGUGAAGGAGGAGAGGGAGAGGGCGGGGACCAGCAGCCAAUCAGAGGAAGCGCCCACGGAACGCUGCGCCGUGGUUGGAGGGCCCAAGAGGAAGGAGAUGGAGCAGCUGAAGAUUGUCAGGGCAGAGCUGAAGAAAGCUCAGGAGUCCCAGAGGGAGAUGAAGCUGUUGUUGGACAUGUAUCGCUCUGCCCCCAAGGAGCAAAGGGACAAAGUGCAGCUGAUGGCUGCAGAGAAGAAGGCCAAGUCUGAGGCAGAGGAGCUGAAGCAGCGUCUGAGGGAGCUGGAGGAGAGGGAGAGGAGGGAGGGGAAGAAGAUGGCGGACGAGGAGGCGCUGAGGAAGAUCCGCUCGGUGGAGGAGCAGAUAGACAUCCUGAACAAGAAGUUGUCACUCGCCAAGCAGGAGGAGGAUGCCCUGCUGAGUGAGAUGGACGUGACGGGGCAGGCGUUUGAGGACAUGCAGGAGCAGAACAUUCGGCUCAUGCAGCAGCUGAGGGAGAAGGACGACGCCAACUUCAAGCUGAUGAGCGAGAGGAUCAAGUCCAACCAGAUCCACAAGCUGCUGAAGGAGGAGAAGGAGGAGCUGGCCGACCAGCUGCUCACACUCAAGACCCAGGUCGACGCCCAGCUUCAGGUGGUGAGGAAGCUGGAAGAGAAGGAGCGCCUCCUUCAGGGGACCAUCGGGGCUGCGGAGAGAGAACUGGCGCUGAGGACGCAGGCUCUGGACAUGAACAAACGCAAGGCGCAGGAGUCAGCGCAGCUCUCAGAGGAGGUCCGCACGCAGCUGGAAGCCGUGCAGCAGAAGCUAAACGGAGUGCGGGAGGAGGUGAUCGAGAACAGCAUCUCCCGGGAGAAGGAGUCCUUCAACGCCCGCAGAGCUCAGGAGGACAUUUCCAAGUUGAGGAGGAAACUGGAGAAAGCCAAGAAGCCAGAAAACAUUCCCAACUGUGACGAGAUCCUCAACGAGGAAAUUAAGGAUUACAAGGCCCGUCUCACCUGCCCGUGCUGCAACUCCCGGGUGAAGGACGCCGUGCUCACUAAGUGUUUCCAUGUCUUCUGCUUCGAGUGCGUGAAGACGCGCUACGACACGCGGCAGAGGAAGUGCCCCAAGUGCAACGCCGCCUUCGGCGCCAACGACUUCCACCGCAUCUACAUCGGAUAGAGCCAGCCGGGCCACCGCAUGCGCAAGGGGCGGGGGAGGGGGAGACGGGGGGCUGGGGUUUGGGAGCGCAAGGUCGACACCCUGGCAGCGGGGCGCGCGGUAGAUCAUGUGUUUGACAUUGCCGAUGUUUCUCGUGUAGCCACAGCUCUGUUCCGUGAGUUUUUUGGGGGGACAGGAAGGUUGCGUAAAUCUAUCCGAAGCUCCCAAAGCUGUUGAUACGACCCCAAUAAGCCUGUCUGUUUAACCCUCCGAGGACCACAAAGACAAGAUUUUCUGGUCAGUGGAGCAAAGUCAUUUUUUUUUUCUUGCUGUGAGUAGUACAGGGUGUGAUGCAGUCUCUGGCCCUUGAGAGCUUCUUGUCUGUCAGUUUCUCUGGUGUCCCCUGAAGACCGAGAGCAAAAAACUCGUCCCAAUCUAAUGGGGAAUUAGAGAGAGGCACCAAUUCGCCUAGGCAAGGUGAAAAUCUGUGACCUCAAACCCACCCCCUUGCCCCACUGAAGUCAUGGGCCCAAGAAUUUCAGGAGGGCUAAUCCACACGUCCCACAGAAGACCAAAGCACCUGCUUCAUUGGUCAGUUGUUAAAUGUACAGGUGGAUGAUGAUGAUGAUGAUGAUGGUAAUGUCACUCUUUGGUUCUCUGUGUGAUUGCCAGGCUGUGAAGUGACAAGUGGAUGCUGGUCUCUAGCAUAAAAGAUGUGAGCAGUUCAUAGUCCCAAAGCCUAUGGUGUUGGUAGACAGAGACUGAGUGAGAGAGGAGAUCUAAAAACUCCAAGGCAAGGCAGCUGGGAUCUGUUGUCGGUCUGUCUUUGGUGUUACAGUUGUCGUAUUUUUGUAUGUUUUUCCCCCCAUUUUUAUUCACAAACUGUUUUGUUAAGUCAUAGGUUAUUAUCAUACUGACAUAGUGGAUGAUUUUUUGAUUGCUGACUUGCAAUUAAUAAAAGAGAUCGUAA